CAUUCUCUGCGUUGUAGUACAAUGGAGCAGACUCAAGAAAAUAGAAGACUAGAAGCUCGGAUUUGGAGCGAGGUUUUCAUUGUCUGCGCUGAAGGAUUAAGUGAUUAACCCUACUCUCUCACUAAAAAGUUGGUGCAUGGAGAAUAUAGCUUGGAGAAGGAUGUCUUGAGCAAAGAAGGCACUUCUGCAACAACAGAUGGCUCAAAUGGUGGUUUAUGUCAUUCCGAGUUGACUCCUCGAACACCGCAGUUCAGUUCAAAGAUCCGAUAACACAGGUUGUCUGUUGCUGCCCGUGCUCCUCCUCGAACUCGAAGAAGCAGAAACAGAUCGCUGAGCUAACAGAAAACAGGAGGCACACGAACACAACGCUGGAGAAUCUGAAAGGUAAUAUUUCAGAACAGAGUUCAGGCGAUAGCAAGAAAUUAUGUAGCAGUCCGAUGUUUUGUCUCUCUAUUGUUCGGCCUGAAAUGGAAACUGUGAUCCAGUUUGCCUUCAGUUUCAUCGCUUUUCUCUCUUCCUGGAUAAUCGAGGGAAGGAAGGAAGUGAAACCUCCCGACAGGCGGAGAUUGCCACCAGGCCCGCCGAGGCUGCCUGUGAUCGGACACUUGCACCACAUCAUAGGACCACUUCCGCAUCACUACCCUCUGAGGAAUCUGGCGAGCAAGUACGGGCCGCUGAUGCACCUCAAGUUUGGUGAAGUCACCGCGAUCAUUGUGUCCUCAGCUGAGGUUGCGGAGAAGGUGCUGAAAACUCACGAUCCUGCAUGUGCAGAUAGGCCAAAGAGCGUGGCCACGCAGAUAAUGUGGUACAACUAUAGCGAUAUUGUGUUUAGCCCUUACGGCGAUUACUGGAGGCAGAUGCGCAAAAUAUGCAUCUUGGAGCUGCUGAGCGCGAAGAAUGUCCGGUCAUUUGAGUACAUCAGGAAGGACGAGGCGUCACUUCUCAUCGAGUCGAUUCAGUCAACUCGUGGUGCGCCAUUCAACCUGACCGAGAAGAUCUUCUUGUUCAUGAAUUCUAUGACGUGCAGAGCCGCAUUCGGGAACGCAUCCAUGGACAGGGCGGCGGCAAUUAAGCUGAUCAAGAAAGCGAUCUGUUUGGCGGGUCACUUUGACCUGGCCGAUCUCUUUCCUUCGAUCAAACUAUUUGAUCUCAUCACUUGGAACAGAUUCGAGCUGCUGAAGCUGCGGCGGAAACUGGACAAGAUUCUGGACGACGUGAUUGAUGAGCACGAAAGGAAUCUUGCUUCGACCAAGAUGGGCUACGGGGAGUUGGGCACUGAAGAUUUGGUCGAUGUUCUUCUGCGGUUGAAGGGAAGUGGCGAGCUCGAGUUAUCCAUAACCAACGACAGCAUCAAAUCCGUUAUCUUCGAUAUGUUUGCUGCUGGCACGGAAUCUUCGUCGACAACAGUGGACUGGGCCAUGGCGGAACUAAUGAGCAACCCACGCGUGAUGGCAAAAGCACGAGACGAGAUAAGGCAAGCUUUCAGAGGAAGGGAAACGAUCAAGGAGUCUGAGAUCCGAACGCUCAAGUAUCUCAAGAUGGUCAUAAACGAGACGCUGAGGCUGCACCCUCCGGUUUCCAUAAUCCCGAGAGCGUGCAGGGAGGAGGAGCUCGAGAUAGACGGGUAUCACAUACCUCUCAACGCCAACGUGAUUGUCAACAUCUGGUCGAUUGGAAGAGACCCGAAGUAUUGGCACGAUGCAGAGAGUUUUGAGCCGGAAAGGUUCGAGGAGAAUCCGAUCGAUUUCUUGGGGAGUCACUUCGAGUACAUCCCGUUUGGAUCGGGGAAGAGGAUCUGCCCCGGUAUGGCAUUUGGCGUGGCCAACGUGGAAUUCGUUCUAGCGCAACUCCUCUAUCACUUCGACUGGGAGCUUCCUCCGGGGGUCAGCCGCGAUGAUCUGGAUAUGGCUGAGGUCGCCGGCAUUGCCGUGUCAAGAAAGAGUAGCCUUCGUUUGAUUGCUGAACCGUACGAUCAUGCCUUGGACAAGACUAUAGUCGAGUAGAAGAAUGAAUCGGUUUCGUGUGAGUGUGUUAGCCUAGUGGUAGUGUGGUUAAUGACUGAAGCAAAAAAAAAAUUUAGCUCUAGCAGGGAAAAAUGGAGAAUCAUUAUUGAUACUUAAAAAAAAGAAGUGCAGAUUAGGGCACCUAGUGGCUAGUAUGAUGAGUAGUUUAGAGGUUGUAAUUAACUAUAGCCAUAAUUCUCAAAAAAAAAAAAAAAAAAACCAAUCACCAUAGUGGCAACUAGCAAGUAAUAUUCUCCGAUUUCAUGUGUAUCAUUAUGUCCUACUCUUAUCAUUAUUAUUUUAAUAAUAAAUUUUAUAAAAA